AUGAGAUUGCAAAGCUGCUUGAUAGCAGGGACCGGCGUUUUGUCGAGCCUUUGCUUACUCGCUGGCGCCGAAAGCCCCCCAGCUGUUUCAUCCAGAGCCGAGGUCAAUUCAGCUGAAGUCUACGGCCUCACGAGACAUCCGUCGCAUAAAGGCGAAGUGGACGCUUGGGUGAAGCAGUUCAUCUACUAUAAAAAUGAGAAGUUCCAGCAUUUCUAUGUUGAAAACCAGGACAAGGAACUCAUCAACACGUACGCGGUAUCGUUGAGUAACGGAGCCUAUGUAGGCUUUGGUACCAACAUAUAUGGGCGCGGCGGCAAGCAGUUGACCGAAAUGCGCUACAGGGAAUUAAGGAUGGAUAACUGGAUGAAAAGCGUCGGCAAGACAGACGCGAAAGACCUGAGAAAGCUUUUCUCCAUGCACGUUACGAAUCCAGCUGCAAACACUGCCACCCAAGCGGCACUCGAGGCUGUGGGGGAAGAAUUUAGUGGCCCUCUUGAAACCUCGGAUCCCUUUGCAGAUGUGGAUUACCACAAACACGAAUUCGAAGAGGGUAAGACAGGAUGGAAUGAACUUAUCAGGGGUAACCCGAUCAUUGGAGGCAUCAUAAAGAUGUGUGACGUGUACGAAGACCUUUUGGGGUACGUUCGGGUGAGGGAGGUUACGACACUUACUUCGAGGAACAAUGAUGGCAGCGUGAACCUGCACUACUACACCCGAUUAGGCUGA